GUUUAUCUGGAUGCUCACGCGCGCAAGGCGGUCUUGUCGUCGUCUUCCUGUUCCACAUCAUCUUUCUUCGUUCAUCAUCCUAGACAUAUCAUUUUGAUCACUUGCGCAGUGACUUUCUCGUGGCCGCCGAGCGUUGAUGCCGCAGCUGAUAGAACGUUGGAUAUACACAUAAACCGGUCGAGGGUCAUAUGCGGAACCUCAGCUGCCUUGCGGGAUAAAUCUAUCUGCGAAUAGAUGAGAUACCAUUGAGAGGCAGUACUUAUCUCUUCUAUCCUGUGAACUUUGGGUAGAGACCCAGACAGCUUCGAUAAUGGACCAUCUCCGGCAACGCUUACGUCAAGAUCCGGCCUACGAGCCUCUACCAACAGACUCCGAAGAUGCUGCACUCAACGAUACCGAUGUCUCCUUCGAAGACCCGCCAGCAACAUCUCAACUCCUCGAGGGGGCAGUCCCUACUCAUCCCUUCUCCUGGAUCGAAUAUGCCAUCUUUCUCCUCCUCGGGAUCUCCAUGCUAUGGGCCUGGAAUAUGUUCCUCGCCGCAGCACCCUAUUUUCAAUCGCGAUUCGCCCGCCGACCCUGGCUACUCUCCAACUUCCAAGCCUUCUUCAUCAGCAUCUCGACGCUGACCAACCUGGUCUCCAUGCUGGUCCUCACGCGCAUGCAAGCCGGCGCCUCGUAUCCCCGCCGCAUUCUGAUCUCCCUGGCGCUGAACAUGGUCAUCUUCGCGGCAUUGGCGGCCUCGACGGCCUUCCCCCAUGCGGACCCGGAAGUGUAUUUCGUCUUUGUCAUGGUGACGGUGGGCGGUUCCGCGUUGGCGACAGGCUUCAGUCAGAACGGAAUCUUCGCGUAUGUGGCGGGCUUCGCGCAUCCGAGUUAUAUCCAAGCGAUCAUGGCGGGUCAGGCUGUGGCGGGUGUCUUGCCGCCUUUGGCCCAGAUCAUCUCGGUGGCGUUGGUGGAUUCCCGCAAGACUGGCCGUGCGGUGCCCGGUCUGUCACUUGGGGACGAAGGCGAUGAACCUGCCGUCGAUUGGCAUGCGGCGAUGGCGUACUUCCUCACGGCAACGGUCAUCUCCGUCGUGACGCUGCUGGCGUUCCUAUAUCUCGAGUCUCGCACACAUUCCUACCACUCCGCCACCGGCAACAACAUCAGCACCCCCGCCGCCCUCGUCACCGACGAAGAUGUCGACCCAGAAUCCUCCUCCAUCAACACCAACACCGACUCCAAAGAGAUCCCCCUCCGCCACCUCUUCAACAAGCUCUUCUGGCCCGCGCUCGCCAUCUUCCUCGUGUUCGCGGUGACCAUGGCAAUGCCCAUCUACACGCCGCGGAUCCUCUCCAUCACAUCGCCGUCCCCAGCAACCACGACCACGACCACAACCUCCCAACCCUCCCUCUUACGCCCAGGAAGUUUCAUUCCCCUCGCCUUCCUCUUCUGGAACGCCGGAGAUCUCCUCGGCCGGCUUCUCCCUACGAUUCCCGUUCUCUCACUCAUCCACCGACCGCGACUCAUCACGGCCCUCGCGGUCGCAAGACUGGGGUUCGUGGGGCUCUACUAUCUGUGCAAUCUGGACGGCAACGGAGCGGUGGUGUCCAGUGACUUGUUCUAUCUGGUCGUCGUGCAGGGCGGGUUCGGGCUGACGAACGGGUUUCUCGGCACGACGUGUUUCAUCAGUGCGAACCUCUGGGUCGAGGCCCACGAGAUGCAGGCUGCUGGGGGCUUCAUGGGUCUGGCGCUGGUGCUGGGCUUGACGGCAGGGAGUCUGGUCACGUUCGCCAUCCCCGGCGCGUGA